AUGAUGCAAGCCAAUCUCACGAAACCGAAAGAAUGGACGGCGAGCGGCCGUAUCAACGGUCUGAAGAUGAAAGCUGCAAAGUUGAAGACAUUGAGCGCUUCCAAUGAAGCAGUUUUCGGCCUUCUUAAACAACUCUCCUACUCCUUACCUUAUCCUGAGCUUGCUGCCCAAAGCCCAGGUCGAUUACCUUCACCGCCUCGAUGCACAUUUGAAGAAGCAAGAGGCAAGCAAUCCAUUAAAGAGUGGUUAAACUCCAUUGAUAGCGCUGACCAACAAAACAGAACAAAAUGGAAUCUAGCAAACAACUCGGACAGGUGGGAGCGACUGAAAGCAAGGGUUCCUACAGCGCUCUCAGGACAUGCACAUCUCGGUUUGGAUAAGUCGAAAUGGGCUUUAGCCAGCUUCCUCCCGUACAUAAUCUUCCCUUGGAGACCGAUUUGCGGAGUGGACCGGACGCCAGUGGGUGAAGACGAGAGGAAGGAUGUUUGUCUGGAAGAUAUCGCAUCAGCUUUCAAAAAGAACGACCAAGUACGCGCGGCUAUUCGAGCUAUCUUGGAUAAGAAAGAUUAG